CACCGGUCGAGCCGUCGCGUUCACCACUUCUUGCAUGGGUGGUGAGGCCAAGCAAUGGGUGUUGGCGGAGGCCAAUGCGGCGGGUUUCGAAGAUAUCGGUGAGUGGGCAAAGACACUGACGCUGAAACAAUUCUUGGCAAAAACCAGGGACCGUUUUCUCGACAAGACGACGGCCGACAAGGCCUUUGACCAGUUGACGUCAAUUGGUCAAAAGCAUUGGACGUCAGUUGAGGUUUUGUCCCGAGAAGUUGACCGAUUGUUGCAAGUUCCAGGAUUGAACCUGCAAGACAGCCAAGUGUUGUACAUCUAUUCCCGCGCGUUGCCUGAGCCCAUCCGGGGACACUUAGUCACUGAAGCGAAAUCCGGUAAGUACAACUACAGGCAAUUUCGUGACCUUGCCCUGCAGAGGGAACAAAUGACUUCUCAAGUCAAGAAUUCCUAUGCAGCGGUAGUUAAAUCUAGAGGAAGACAGUACAAUGGGAAACGAGUUCUCUGGCGACAGAAGCGCCAGGACCACACCCUUGUCGUCUUUGAUGACGACACAGUGGAAAAGUGGCCAAACGAGGAGAAUGAUAACAACAGUGACUCUGGGAAGGGGGAAGUCACUGCUGUUGUGGCCAAUAAGGGAGGACCACCCAGGACAGGAGGGAAGAAACAAAGAGCGUUUCCAUGGCACCCUGACAUUGCUGAUGGGAAGCCAUGGGUCGAAAUGGGUAUGACUAGAAAGACUUGGCAAGAGCACAUGGACAAUGCGCAAUGUCUCAAGUGCGGCACAGCAGGACAUGUGAUCGCCUACUGCCCUCAGAUCCGGAACCCAAAAGCGAACAGCCAGUAGGCGCCUACGACCAGACAGGUAAGGCGCCUACGACCCCUUCCUACCGGACAUGAGAUUAAGGGUAAGAACG